AUGGAGCAGGACGCAAUUGAGACGUUACUUUUCAUGUCCAGUCCCGGUAAUUCAGCGUAUCAUCCCCAUUCGCAGCGGCAACAAAGUGCCUCUCACCUCAGCAAUACUUCAAUAACCGCUGGAUCAAGCACUACCCAUAGUCGGUCUCAGGAUUCUCAGGCGGAGGGAGAAGUUAGUCGACUUGCAACGGGGCCUUUGGAACGAGCUCGGUGCCUAGAGGCGCAAGCUGGUGACGAGAUCGAUCGUAUGCUGGACCAGAUGGAAGAUACCGACAGCGAAGAGGACAACAAGCCUGCACGUCGUCGCUUUCAAGCGACAUGA